CUCACAUCAGAGCCCUUCGAUUUCAAUGGCGAAACCAGCUACCCUUCUGACCUUUUUCCUUCUCACUCUUUUCCUCGUCUCCACCACCUUCGGUUUUCGGUUUUCAGAUGUUGUUAAUGACGAUCCCGAACAGCAGCUCAAGCAAUGCCGGAAAGAAUGCAGACAGCGUCAACCAGGCGAGAAAGAGUGCCCGCAACGGUGCGAGCAGCAAUAUCGAGAACAAACAAAGCAACGCCAUGGUGGUGGCGAGAGGGAGGGAGAAGAUCCAGAACAUCAGCUAGAGAGAUGCAGAGAAGGGUGCAGGCAGCGAAAGCAGCAGCACCAAAGUGAAUGCGAGGAUUGGUGCGAACAGCAGUACAAGGAACAGAAAGGACAGGGUCGUGGUGGUGAUAGGGAUAGAGAGAACCCACAGAGGGAAAGCAGUGAAGAGCAAGAACGGAAUAAUCCAUACUUCUUCGAUGAACAGAGCUUUACUCACCGUGUGAGAACCGAAGAAGGCAAUAUCAGGGCUCUAAAGAGGUUCUCUAUGCAGUCGAACCUUCUGCAAGGGAUCGACAACUACCGGCUGGUCAUCCUAGAGGCGAACCCUAAUACCUUCAUCAUACCUCACCAUUGCGAUGCUGAGAUAGUUCUCUAUGUGGUUAGAGGAAGAGGAAAUAUCAAUAUCCUGAAAGAGAACAAUAAGGAGUCGUACAACAUUCGCAGAGGAGAUAUCCUUAGGAUAAAUGCCGGGGCUACUGUCUUCCUUAUCAACAAAGACAACAACGAGAAGCUCUAUGUUGCGAAGUUUCUCCAAUCCGUCGCGACGUCAGGUCACUACAGGGAAUUCUUUGGUGCAGGAGGUGAGGACCCUGAAUCGUUUUAUCGGAGCUUUAGCAAUGAUGUUCUUGAGGCCGCUUUCAAGACUCCUAGGGAUAGGUUGGAGAAGUUGUUCGGUCAGCAGAGAAAAGGUGCGAUCAUCAAGGCUUCCCAAGAGCAGAUAAGGACCAUAGAGCGACAUGCGUCUUCUGCUAAGGGCAGUCAUCAGUGGCCUUUUGGAGAAUCGAAGGGACCCUUCAACCUGCUGAACAAGCAGCCCACGCAUUCCAACAACUACGGUAAGUUGUGGGAAGCUGAUGCUGACGACUACAAGCCGCUCCAAGAUCUUGACGUCCAAGUCGCUUUUGCUAAUAUCAGCCGUGGAGGAAUGCAUCUGCCCUUCUACAACUCGAAGUCAGCAAAAGUGGUGUUGGUGGUGCAAGGAACGGGCUACUUCGAGAUGGCGUGUCCUCACGUCUGGAGCCAGCGUCGCCAGAGCGAGCAAGGAGGCCGCCAGAGCGAGCAAGAAAAAGAAGAAGAGGAGCAGCAGCAUGAGGGUCCUGUACGCUACCAAAGAGUCCGUUCUCGUCUCUCUCCCAAUACGGGCUUUGUCGUCCCAGCUGGUCAUCCAGUCGUUACCGUUGCUUCUGGUAACGAGAAUCUGCAGAUGUUGUGCUUUGAAGUAAAUGCCUGGGACAACCACAAGUACUAUCUAGCAGGAAAGAAGAACAUACUGAGGCAGAUGGAGAAGGAAGAGAAGGAGCUCUCGUUCAGUUCACCUGCAAAAGAGAUAGAUGAGAUCUUCAAUGCUCAGGGGGAGGAGGCUUUCGCUCCUGGACCGGAGCAACUCCAAGAGAGACAGGAGGGAGGAAGCCACGGGCCUCUAGAGUCUAUCUUGGAUUUCGCUGGCUUUUAGUCUUUUAACUGCUCUCUGUGGCACGAGAUCUAUGUAGUAAGGGACUGAUUACCUACCCACCUACCUACAUGUAAGUACGUGUUGAGACUUGAGAGUGUAAAUACCGAAUAAGAGUUUCCAAGAGCUGGGAAGAAUAAAAGGUGGUUUUCCCGUGUA